AUCUAUAAUUUAUAUAGAUUAAAAACAUAUUUUCAUAUUUUAAUCUUUUAUCUUAUGUAUAUGCAGAGAAGAAUGGUGAUAUCAGGGUUGGCAUCAAGGGUGACACCUCUUCAAGGAUCAUUGAGCACGUAUCAACUGUAAGGACAGACUCAUUUUUCUCACCUUCUGUUGAAGCUUGGAAUAAAUCAGGUGCGUAUUAGAGGAAAAUUACACAAUAUUCUAGCCACAGCGAAACACUGAUGCUUAGGAUCAUGAUGUUCACAAUCACAAUAAAUAGGAAAGGUGAUACUUGUGAUUGGUGAAGAAAUGUUUUUGUUCUGGAAAACUUUGCUUCGUUCCCCUCAUAAUAUCAAAUCUCUAUUCCUAUUCACUCGUAUUCGCUUGCUAAGCUAACAUCAUGUGUCAUUUUUAUUUUUCUAAUUGGCACAUGUUUAAAAUACAAAGAUUACCAGUCUAUCAGGUGAAUCGGGUGGACUUUAGCCAUUAUGUACACCAAAAAAAGUUGAAACGUUGGGAACUAGUAUUUUUUCUCCCACUAUAAUUUCAGUUUUUAAUUUCCUGCUAAAAAACAAGCUUGUAUUCAAAGAUCUUUUUCUCCGUGGUAAAUGCUGGCUUGUACUCAAUCAGCAACACACCAAAAAACUCUCGAGAUUAUAGUGACACCUUAAAACCCCAGCGAAAAUUUUCACAUGAAGGUUUGUUUGAUUUUCUUCAUUUAGAUUGCUUGGGUACAACGGAUUUGCAGGGGGGAAUGAUGCAUAGGACAGUUUGAACAUUUAUGGUUUAUAUUACUGGUCAUCCAAUGGGGGUAAGUCAAACCUUUAUUGGGUGCCACUGAUUUGUUAAUUAACCUUCCGAGGGUCAAAUUUAUUAUUGUAAGAAAAAUGUAUGUAAUGUAACUGGAGACGUGCAAUUUACUCCUCAUAUUUGAGAAUGUUUUGACACUUGACACAGCCUGUGUAAAACAAUUACUUUGUAUCAAAAAUCUUCAGGAAACCUGCAUGUGCAUGGAGAAGUUUUUGCAAGAAAGAGACAAAAAUUACAACAGUGUGUCGCAGAUGCCUUAUUUACAGACACAGAGAAGCUCUGUUCAAAAGGGUUAGGCACAGUUUUGAUAUUAAUAUUAAUUGUCCUUGCCCUUUAUCAUGAAUGUAAUAGGAAUUUUUCAGGCACGAUAUUAUUUCCAGGCUCCUCAGUCGGCUGUUCCCUAUGGGCACUGAGGCAAAUAAAUAUGUGGAUACACAUCCAGGAAAAUUAGGGAAUGCUACAAGAUAUGAUUUACCCGAUUCUCAAGAGACAGAUGAUCAAUUUAAGGAGCACUAUCAGAUACCUAAAAGGAAACUUCUUGAACUAGAAUCAAGUCCAUACUUAAGCAAUGAUAUGCCGUCUCCUAUGUUUCUCAGAUUAGAUGAGAGAAUUAAUCUGCACUCGGAGUUUCCAACCAAUCAUUCUCACAAUUUUCCACCUCUUUACAGUAUAACAGAACCUGAGUGCAAACUAAGUGCAACUCCAAGUUUCAGUGCCACAGCCAAGAGUGGUGUAACUCUUGAAUCUCUGUUUAGCAAAGCAGCAAAUGCUACCAGAUAUGGUUUACAUGAUUCUCAGGAGUUAGAUGUUCAAUUUGCAGAACACCAUCUGAUACCUAAGAGGAAACUUCUUGAACAUGAAUCAAGUUCAUCCUUCAGUGAUCAUUUGUUGUCUCCUGUGUUUCUCCAAUCAGUUGAGAUAAUGAAUCCACAUGUUGACUUUCCAACUUAUCCACUCAAGUUUCAACCUCUGUUCAGUAUGACAGAAGCUAAAAGCAAUUUCGGUGGAAUUCCAAGUUUCAUUGACAAGGGUUAUGUAACUCGAGAAUUUCUGAGUAAUAAUCAAGAGCAUGAAAUCCUUGCACUGAAUCAUUUCAAAGAGCUGGGGAAACUUGAGAGUGAGUCGUUUCCUCUUAUGGAGAAUUUUUUUGACUAUACUACAGAUGAGACAAGUUUGCCUAUCACUUGUAAGUAUACAAAGCCAAAUAUAGCCCCUGAGUUACCAAUUUUAGGCUACGGUGAAGAGCAGAUACUAAAUAAUACAUUAGAUGAAUACCACGUUAGUCCUUCAUCCUUGCUACUUGACAAGCCACAGGUCUUCAAUUCAAUAUUGGAUUCUGGUUUCUUAAGAUGUCAAGAAUUCAAGUUUGGAAAUUAUGUCUAUGAAGACAUGGACACAAAUUUUAACCCGACAGCAUUGUCCUUGUCACACAAUAAACACUACUUAAAUGUGUCUGAAAAUUACAAGAAUGGCAUUUCAUGUGUGCAAGACAGCGUGUUCCUUUCACCAUACCAGCAUUGGGUUGGAAGGACAGUUUCCGGUGCCUACCAUCAUCGUCCUAAUCCGGAAACCUGGCUACCAUCUUCACCAGAUGAAUGUCAGAGGUGCUUAUCCCUAACUAGUUCCCAUUUAAAUCACCAAAGUUCAAAUUCGAGAACUUUCCAAUUACCGCAAAGGGAAAGUAUGUCUUCUCUUUUUCAUAUUAAUGAUAAUUACAAGCCAGAAAUGGAUGGUGAAAAUCACAGUGUAAUGCCUUACCAUUUUAGGGAAGGCUUGAUUGAAAUGUAUAACUCAUCUUUUCUUCAUAUGUCCAUGCAAAGAAACAGUGGAUGCCCAUUUCCUUUGGAUGGCUGCAACUAUGUCAACGAACAAGAGAAAACGCAGAAGCUGUUCCUCUAGAGUCUAACAGUCUAAAAUGUUUGAUCAAACGUAACCCUGCGGAUAUUUCUGGUUAAUUUUGGACUGAGAUACAAAAAGACAUGUCCAUCAACUGUUACCUUUUGGUGGAAAUUAAUAUUGUUACUGUGAUGGGAUCUUUGGUAAUU